UUCAAUGUUCGCCGGUGCAACCAUGAUCAUGGGUUAUAAGAAGAUUGGCACGUGAGCAUCUCUUAGCCGGGCGGAUCAGUCGAGUUCUGCUGUCCAAUUUUCUUUUCAAUUUUACCACCAACUAAACUUCAAUUGCAAGCUCAAUCAGAACUCAGAAGCCAGUCAUUAAUCCAAAUCACAAGUUUUUUUUCUUUCACCCACAACAGAAAAGAUUCUCUCUUUGAUCUCUGCAAAACCCUAAUUUUACUAGGGUUUUGCAGAAAUUUUAUUUGUUUGCUAGCUUAACACCUUAUACAAUAAUUCCCAUCAGCAAAAACCAUGUCUUCUUUCAAUCUAAACAUGUGGGUCAAUCCAAAAACUUCAAAGCUUCAAGCUUUUCCUCACCCUCUUCAACUCCAAGCAAACCCAUUUCGCCAAUUAAUCCAAAUUUCCUAUCUCAAUAACAGAACUAAGAACAACACUUUAUCUCAGAUUACAGUUCAAUGCGGUCUACGUGAGCUAAGAGAACGUAUUCGUACAGUCAAAAGCACUCAAAAGAUCACUGAGGCAAUGAAGCUGGUUGCAGCUGCCAAGAUUAGAAAAGCUCAAGAAGCUGUUAUUAAUGGUAGACCCUUUGCUCAAUCACUUAUUGAAAUGCUUUAUCAUAUUAAUGAACAGCUUCAGUUAGAGGAUGUUGAUGUUCCUUUAACUAAUAUUAGGCCGGUAAAGAAGGUGGCUUUAGUUGUUAUUACUGGUGAUAGAGGUCUUUGUGGUGGGUUCAAUAAUGCUGUGUUGAAAAAAGCCGAGAUUAGAAUGAUGGAAUUGAAAAAAAUGGGGUUGGAUUUUUUUGUUAUUAGUGUUGGGAAGAAGGGUAAUGCUUAUUUUAAGAGAAGGCCGAGUGUUUGUGUUGAUAAGUUUAUCGAGGGGGAUAGUUUUCCAACUUCGAAAGAGGCUCAACUGAUUGCUGAUGAAGUAUUUUCGUUGUUUGUUAGUGAAGACGUUGAUAAGGUUGAGUUGGUGUAUACUAAGUUUGUUUCUUUGGUGAAGUCUGACCCUGUAAUUUGUACAUUGUUGCCAUUGUCGCCUAGAGGAGGAGUUCCUGAUGUGAAUGGGAACUGUGUUGAUGCUGCAGAUGAUGAGUUUUUUAGGUUGACGAGUAAGGAGGGAAAGUUGGCUGUUGAGAGGGAGGGUGUGAAGGCAAAGAAGGAUGGUAUUAUGCCUCUUAUGGAGUUUGAGCAAGACCCGGCUCAAAUUCUUGAUGCUAUGAUGCCUCUUUAUUUAAACAGUCAGAUUUUGAGGGCGUUACAGGAGUCGCUGGCUAGUGAGCUUGCAGCAAGGAUGAAUGCCAUGAGUAAUGCCACAGAUAAUGCAGUUGAUUUGCAUAAGAAUUUGUCUAUGGUAUACAAUCGAGAACGGCAAACGAAAAUUACAGGAGAGAUAUUGGAGAUUGUUGCUGGAGCUGAGGCACUAAGAGAGAGAGAUUAAUUUUAGGUCCCAUGUUUUUACUCUGUGCUGUGCUCGUCUCUCCUAGUCUUUUUGAGGUUCGGAGAUAGCUGCCCUUUUGUCCAGAAUCAAACAUGAAGAACCAACUUAUCAGUGGUCCCUAAUUCAGAAGGCUCCCUCCUCACAUGGCGACGAAAUGAUGUCUGUAAGUAUGUGAUUAUUUAUGGAGUUCUAAGUUAUCAUUGGAGCUCUUCCUCCAUAUUGUUUGGAUUUGGUGAGCAUUAUGUAUAGGGGUGCAAAAAAAAAAGAACCGAACCGAAUAACCAAAUCGAACCUGCAAAUCUGAUUCACCAUCGUUUUGUUUGCUAUUACAUUUUUUGAUAUUUCAGUUCGGUUUGGGAAGUAAAGAACUUUCAGUUCGAUUUUGGUUUAAACAAAACUGAAAAGCUAAUCGAAUCAGUUCUGUUUAGAUUUGAAAAAUUCAAAAUUCCAUAUCGAACUGAUUGCGACCAAAUAAGCAGAAUACAGUGUAUGGAAUCUGCUGUUGCUACUUUUGGAUGGUACUUGCCACAUCCUGGGAUGUGUCCUGUGUUCUUUGGUAAAACACAUUUUAGAAUUCUUGCACUUUUCCACUUUUUGACAUUGAAUCCCUACACUUCUAUUUGUCAACGUUGAGUCCCUACACUUUUGGUUUUAUAGACAUUAGGUCCAUCCGUUACUGAAAUGAGGGCAUGUAUUUCACGUGCCGUCAGUGCGAGUGAGAUUAAUUUUUUACUUUGAUUUUGAAUAAAUUUAGUCCAUGCACUUCUAUUUUUAUAGACAUAAAGUUUUUAAAUUGUUUUUUUUUCCAACAUGAAUUGACACCGCUAAUAAUUUUGUGAUGGAGCUCAAUGUCUAUAAAAUUUAAAUUAAAGGUGUAAUGUUGACAAAUAGAACCGAAGAGAUCCGAUGCAAAAAAUAGAACAAGUACAGGGAUCCAAUAAUGUAUUAUGACGUAUUCUUUUGACAAUUAGACAUUAGAUUACACAUCAAGCAUGUGAUGUGAAUAAUGUAUAGCACUAAUUUGAUUGAUUUGCUCGUGAUGAAUCUGCUAACUGAUCUAUUUAAUGUAUAGAACGAGAUGAAAAAAAUAUGAGACAAAGUUUGUUUGCUGAA